AUGUCCCGCGGCAAGCGGAUGUGUCUGGGUCUGUGCUUGAGUGGCUGUGAGGAAGAUGAUGCCAACCGACAAAUGGAAAGAGAUAUUUUUGGAACAAUACCUAAUUUGACGAAGCACAUUGUUGGGGCCCUCAGACACACAGGGAUCUUAGCUACAGCUUGCCAUAAGGGUGGAAUUGUGUUGAUUAGUGGAACUGGGAGCAAUGCUCUGCUGCUUAAUCCAGAUGGCCAAACCUUCCGCUGUGGUGGCUGGGGACAUAUGCUUGGUGAUGAAGGAGGAGCUUACUGGAUUGCUGCCCGAGCUGUUAAAAUUCUGUUCGACGAAGAAGAUAAUUUGAUAGAUCCACCAUAUUGUACUGAAAAACUACGCAACAUUGUUUUCAGCCACUUUGACCUGAAGGAUAGGUUUGGAAUGCUGGAGCAUAUUUACACAACAUUUCAAAAAGCUAAAUUUGCAAGCUUGACUGCCAAGAUCAGUGAGGGAGCAGAAGAAGGAGAUGCCAUGUGUGCUCACAUACUCUAUGAUGCUGGCUACGCUCUGGGUCGUCACAUUUCUGCUCUCUCAAGGAAUAUGCACCCAGAUCUGUUUGCUUCAGAAGAUGGACUUCAGAUAGUCUGUUCAGGAUCUGUUUGGAAAUCUUGGAAGCACAUGCAUGGAGGUUUUGUGGAUGGAGUACAGCCACAUUUAGAAAAAGAUCGAAUCAUCCCCAAGUUCAAACUUCUGAGACUUGCGGUCGGUGCCGUGACAAGUGCUCUAGGUGCCACCUACCUAGGUGCACAGAAAGCAAGUUAUGAUAUGCCUCGUGACUACAGUAAGAAUGUAACUCCAUUCUUCACAUAUGUUCACCCUACAUCACUGACUUCUAGUCUUCCUACCAAAGGUAUUCCUAAGGCUGUCAAUGUGAAUCAUGAAAAUAAAUAUGUUUGCUCAAAUGGCAAAGUUCCUGAUGCUUCUACAAAUGGACAAGCUAAUGGAGCUUCAAAUGGAACUCAUUCAAAUGGACUCAGUACAUGAGAUUCCGACUACAGCAUACAGCAAGCUUCAACUAACUUUCAGUUUUAGAGAACAAAGAGCAAGCUUGAAUGAAAGGAACCUUGGUAUUAAGUGUGAAUGAGCUGUAAGAUAUAGAAAAUUUAAAAUAUUGAAUGGUGUAGUAAUUAGAAAAGAAUUUUCCCUCAUCAUUGUAUGUACUUUCAAAUUGAGGGUUACAGUAUGUUUUAGUUUAAAUGAGUAUUAAAUAGACACUGGAAAAUUGCUGCAAUGAAAACAUAACUUUUCCUGGUCAUAGUAUUAGUCUAACUUUAUAGGUUACACUGAUUUCUCAUAUCAAGAGCAUUGUAGUCUUCCAUACAGAGUUCAUUGGUAUAUUUUUCUAUAAUGUCAAUUUAUAAAAUUAAGCCAACUAAAUUUGGGACUACUGUUCUGUACUGUCUAUUUUAUAGUUCGUAUAAAAUUCUAAACUUGAAUAUUUUUGUACAUAGAGAAUUUAAGCAAUUGCCAAAUGUAGGUAAGACAUUUAAAAUUUAAAGUAUUUUACUAAUGUUGGUUACCACUCAGCUUGAAGUUUCCUGACAAGCUAAUUUUGAUGAGUACUGUUAUAUAGUACAUCCAGCUGGAUUAUAAUAAAGAUUAAUACAGUACACCUUUUGUGACAUUUCCUAUUACUGUGUAUAUAGUAUACAGUAAUGCUUUUCAUGACUGUGCAUAAGAAGGCAAGUAGAAAAUAUACGAGUAUGUUUUAUACAAAAGUUAUAGUGCAGAUUUUUAGAAAUCAGUCAAAUUUUAGAAUUUAACUGGCCAAGAAACAAUGCUAUAAUAAGCAUCAUAUAUAUACAAUGGCUGAUAUGCAGGUACAUGUAAAUGAAAAUAUUAAAUCCACAUCCAUGCUGAGUAAAAAAAAACAAAAUAGAAAAAUUGGAUUCUUAAUCAAAUGUUAAAAAACUUAAUUUUGGGAUUAACCCUUUCAGGGUCCGUCCCGUAGAUCUACGGCUUUACGUUCAGGGUCCAAACCGUAGAUCUACGCCAUGAGCUCAGCUCACUCUGAUAAACUGUGAGUGGUACAUUUGGGCCUAGAUAUGAGAGAAUACAUCUAUGUGGUAUCUGUGCACCACAUAAAACAGAUCCUGCAGCACACUGUGUAUAAUGAGAGAAAAAAAAUGAAAUCAUGAUUUUUCGAUUAAAACAGCAACUUUGCAGUGUUUUUUCGUAUGUUUUUUAUAGUUGUAUUUGCGAUUUCUUGGUCUCAUUUGAUAGAAUGGAAGACAUAUUACAGAAAUAGAGAUGAUUUUGAUUGGUUUUAGCACUGGAAGUGGCUUGAAACUGAGCUCAAAGUAGCGGAAAUGUUAAAUUUUUGCCGAUAUUCAGAGUAAACAAACGACCUCACACGUCUAAUACACGUCAGCUGGUGGGUCUAUAUACAUUCACAAAUAUGGUGAUGAUAUUUAUACAAUUAUUACAGUAUUGCAUAACAGUAAAUCUUCUUUUUUUUGGUGUGAAUAAAAAUUCAUUAUGUGAAUAAAAAAUCAAAAUGGAAUUUAUUUGUAAAGCCUCAAAACAUAACUAAUGAACAGAGGAAAUGUUAGUUUAGUGCCAGGAAUGCCUACAUUGUUCAUUCUGGACCCUAUUUUGAAAUUGGAAUAUUUUGAACUUUGUGUUAAAUUGGACCAAAUUAACAAUUUCCGAUCACUUUAUUUUGUAGUUGAAACAGUUGACUUGGCGAUUUCUUGUGCUCAGUCGAUAGAAUAGAAGUAAUACUAGUGAAAUAGCUAAGAAUUUGGUUGAUUGGAAUAAUGUAAUUGGCCUAAAAUGGGAGUCAAAGUCGGCAAAAUCGCCGAUUCGUAAAUAUCGCUGACACAUCAAAAUUCGCGAGAGCAUAAUUUCGUCAAUUUUCCACCAAAUUUCGUACUUUUUGUUUUAUUACCUUCACAAAAAGAUUCUCUACGAUUUCAUAAGAAAAAAUAACAAAUUUUUUUUUUUAAAUUCUUGGACACUGGUGCGUGACUCCAGAUUUGGGCCUUGGACCCUGAAAGGGUUAAAAAAAUGGCCAGUAUGCCUAGGUUGUAAGCAAAUAGCUGUAUAAUCCUCCGGGUUUAGCGCUUACCCCUUGAUUAUAAUAAUAAUAAUGUAAGCAAAUAAUAUUUCCAUACCAUUUGAAGCAAUAAUUAAUGGAGAACAAUUUGCAUGAUAGAAUAUUUGGAAUAAUACAAAAUAUAAACACUAGAAACCAACAUGCUUGGGACAGACCAUGCCAGUUUCUUGAAAAAUUACAUUUUAUAGGGUAUUUUUCAUUUUUUAAGAAUGCAAAGCCAGCUCAGUCAUGACAAAUCUGGGAAGGAAUGCUUGUGAGAUGCUGAAACUGGAUCAUGAUGCAAAUGUCACCAAUUUGACGGUUUUGUGCUUUUUCUAUACUUAAAACUUGUUUUGAGUACUGAUAUCCCUUGCCUUAUGCUGUAGGUACAUUCCAGGUCCAUGACAACUACCAAGCUCAAUCAGGUAAUCAAUAAUUUUGUGAACAGCAUCAAUUGCAUACUGCAAUGUAUAUUGCAUAUACAGAAUUAAAAUAGUAAUAAAAUCAGUAAUACUAAUGUAAGAGGAAUUUAGAACAAGUUUUACUGCAAUACUGUACUUAAUGUUUAUUACCCAAUAUAUAAUCUGUAGCUUGGCAUGUAUUAUAAUUGAUGGUUAAAAAUUAUUCUUGUUAGAAAACCCUCAUCAAUAUUUCAAAUACACGUACUACUGUACUGUAUAUUGAGAUAUUCUAAAGUGAACAUUCAACUCACAUCUUGUAAAAUUCAUCCACCCAAACAGCAUUAACAAGACUCGUAAUUAGUAGAAACUUGUACAAUAGUGUGUAAACCAUGGCAUGAGUGUUAUGAUUAAAUAAUUAAGUUUUUGUAAGCAAGGAGGCUACUUGAUCAGAUUAUAAGUAUUAGAAAUAUGAAUUGUCUGUGUUCAGUAGACUAACAUUUUUGUUGUAUUUUAUAACAUGUUAAUUCUGAUAAAUCAGAUCUGUUGUAAAAGUAUUUUCAAUAAAUAUUUUUGUCUUAAGACCUUGUAUAUUUUAUGUAGAAAAUUUUAGAAUAAAAUUAAAUACAAAUUG